UGAAGGGGCGCCUUUCUCUGGUGCUCUGGGAUUACUAAUGAAGAAAACUAGCAAAAACUAACAACUCUGCCUCGUCAAAACGAAUUUGUACCGCUUCAGUAUCUCCUCUGAGAGACAAAGAGGGGUAUUUUUCUCUUUUUACUGGACGUACGAAGGAAACAAUAAGAUACACUGACAGCUGCUGUCUCAUCCAGCCUGCUCCAACCUGCUGUACUCACCUGCUCGGCGGAGCACUGUUUGAAAGCUAAGAAAAUCCCCCAGCGAUCUCAUCUCCUCCCCUUUAAGAGUCAGACGCAGGGAUUCAUGGCAGCAGUGUGUGACCUCGGACCUGUUUGGGAAGUUUGUGGAAGACUGAACAUUUUUAGAGGGAAGAAUCUCAAAGGGGGUUUCAACCCCUGACACUCCACUGACCCCCCCCCCCCCCCCCCAAUACCCCUACAAGGAUACAGACCCAAUCCUGAGAGGAGUGGAAGGAGCUAAAGACUUGUGGAUUGGUGGAGCAUUGGACGUCACAAAACCUUUCUGUGGGAGGUGAUUGAUCUGCGGGACAUGUGUUUCUGGUGAGGUUUCAUCGUCGUCCGCCACCAUGAGGCCCCCCCCCCUCCUCCUGGCUCUCACCCUGGCCUCCUUCCUCCCUCAGCUGUCCUCCGGAGGCACGCCCUUCCCCCAGGACCUGGAGCCCAUCAGCAUCGUGGGCAGAGAGUCCUCCUACCUCUUCCCCAGCUUCCAGGGCCUGAUGUCGGACAACGACACCGUGCGCCUGGGCCUGGACUUCCAGAGGAUGCUGAGGAUCAACCGGAUGCUCUACAUCGCUGCCCGGGACCAUGUGUUUGCCAUCAACCUUGCAUCUUCAUCUGAGCAGAUAAUCCCACAGCAGAAACUGACUUGGAAGACGAAGGAUGUGGAGAAGUGCACCGUGAGAGGCAAAAACAGCGAUGAAUGUUACAACUAUAUCAAAGUGCUGGUGCCACGCAACGACGAGACGCUGUUCGCAUGCGGCACCAACGCCUUCAACCCCACCUGCCGCAACUAUAAGAUGUCCACUCUGGAGCAGGAGGGGGAGGAGGUGGUGGGACAGGCUCGAUGCCCCUUUGAGUCCCGCCAGUCCAACGUCGGCCUUUUUGCAGGUGGUGAUUUCUACUCGGCCACCAUGACAGACUUCUUGGCGAGCGAUGCAGUGAUUUACCGAAGUCUUGGAGAAAGCAGCCCAGUGCUGCGUACCGUCAAGUACGACUCCAAAUGGCUGAGAGAGCCCCAUUUCCUGCACGCUAUCGAGUAUGGGAACUACGUGUACUUCUUCUUGAGUGAGAUCGCAGUGGAGUACACCACUCUUGGCAAGGUGGUUUUCUCCAGAGUCGCUCGUGUCUGUAAGAAUGAUAAUGGUGGUUCCCCGAGGGUGCUGGAACGUUACUGGACGUCAUUCCUCAAAGCCCGUCUGAACUGCUCCGUGCCGGGAGACUCCUUCUUCUACUUCGAUGUUCUGCAGUCGCUGACAAACGUUCUGCAGAUCAACCACCGGCCGGCCGUGCUGGGGGUCUUCACCACGCAGGCCAACAGCAUCACCGGCUCUGCAGUGUGCGCUUUCUACAUGGACGACAUCGAGAAGGCCUUCAGUGGCAAAUUCAAAGAGCAGAGGAACAGCGAGACAGCGUGGACACCUGUUCCCGAGGAUCAGGUCCCAAAACCAAGACCUGGGUGCUGCGCUGGUGAGGGAUCAGCCGCUGCCUACAAGUCGUCCACCACCUUCCCCGACGACACGCUGACCUUCAUCAAGUCGUACCCGCUGAUGGACGAGUCGGUGCCCUCGGUCAACGACAGACCCUACUUCACCCGCACCACCAGCAGGUUCAAGUUGACCCAGAUCGCGGUGGACACGUCCGCGGGGCCCAAUAAGAACCACACGGUGGUGUUUCUGGGCUCAGACAACGGGCACGUGCUGAAGAUCCUGGCGAGCACCGAGGGGGCCAACGCCUCCUUCAGCUCCCAGCUGCUGGAGGACAUCGACGUGUACAACCCCAGCAAGUGUAACGUGCAGGGGGAGGACCGGAGGGUUCUGGGUCUGGAGCUGGACCGGGAUCAUCACGCCUUGUUCGUGGCGUUCUCCAGCUGCGUGAUCCGCGUGCCGCUCAGCCGCUGCUCCGACUACACCACCUGCAAGAAAAGCUGUCUGUCUUCGCGGGACCCUUACUGCGUUUGGCUUAAGUCAGGAAGCUGUGCCACCGUCUCACCUGGAUUCAAAGGCAGCUUCGAACAGGAUGUGGAGAACGGAUACCAGCAGAACCCUGAUACCUGCCACGAUGUCCUGGCGACAACUCGCAAGCAAAACACGGCGCUGGAUUCGGCGUAUGGGAAGACCACACCCACAAGCGCCAGCACCACCUAUCACGUGGCGGCAUUCCCAAAGGAGGCAGGUGACCCUGACAGAGGUACAGGUCCUGAUGCCCCUCCCCCCGUUGGGGAACAAGGGUCACCUGACUCGGAGCCAAUCAGUGUGGAGAUGGAGGGUGUGAGGCGGCCUCCAGAGCUGGAUAAGACCAAUCACAGUGUCCAUUAUACCCUCCUGAUCGCCUGUGUUUUGGUGGCUUUCGUCCUUGGCGCUUUCCUAUCUGGCUUCCUGGUCUCCUGCUACUGUAACCACACGGGCCACAAGACCAAGAAACUGUCGAAGGAUCCCGAGGCCCCGAUCCCUCACGCCCUGUCCCUCCGCAGCCUGGCCAAGCUCAAUGGCCUCCUGGACAGUCAGAGCAAGGACGACAAGCUGGAGGUGUCAUCUCCAAAGAUCUACAACUCUUUCUUCGCCAACAGCAAGGAACAUCACACACCAAGGAGAAACGGCCAUCACGCAAUGACGAUGGGAGACCUGGUUCACCCCCAACACCACCUCCACCACUCCUCAGAGCUGUCCGGUCUGCCGACACCUGACUCAACCCCAGAACUGCCCAUCAAGAGCAUGAAAGCCUUCAAGAACCAGUGGGAGAAGAACCAGAACUGCAACAAUGCCAAGGAACCAAAAUCCCACAACGCUGGCUCCAGGCCCAGCUCAGCCCUGCUCCACCCGCAGGUCUUCCCAUACUCCCAUAGCCUGUCCAAUGGGCAGCCACUCAUGGGAGGUUAUCUCCAUCCAGAUGAACGCAAAAUCCAUAAUGUUGAACGAGUGCUGUCUCAGCAACCGUACCCCGGUUACUCCCAGAAGGUGAUGGAGGUGACCUCGCUGGAUGAGCUUCUGAAGCACAUCCAUGAGGCCAGCAGCAGCAAGAACUCCCAGUUAAUGAGUCCAUCAGGUCUGAUGGCGUGCGGGGGUGGAGGUCAGCUAGCAUUCGCCAACCGUAUUCAACCUCAGAUCCCCGAGACAGAAUCGGCCCCCUACUACAGCUCGUCCACUUUACCUCGAGACAGCCUCACCCGACGCAUGGAUGUUCCUCCAGACAUCCCCUCUCACCACCAGUCCACCCUGGAGAGGAGGCACUCCUCCCAGAGGCACUCGCUGAUUGCUGCAGCCGCUAAGAUGCCAAAUGGAGUCGGAGCAGGAGGGGGUGGAGGAGGAAUGAUACCUCGCCAGCACAGCUUCAGCCAACGAAACUGUGGGCCCCAUCAGCCGCCUCCCCUCCUGGCCCGGAUGAACUCGACGGGCAGCGCCUGCGAGGUUCACUACCCCCUCAUUCCCAACGGGUACCUGACACGCCAGCACAGCUACAACGGAGAGCAGCCGGAGGUCCAGCACAGGGGCGCUAUCGUCCGCCGGGCCUCCUCUCUCAAACCCGACGUCCCUCCAAAGCCCUUGUUCAUACCUGCCACGUCCCCCGUUAACGAACAGGGAAAGUACAACUACUGAGGAGGCACACUCCUGGACUAGAGAGGGAGUCUCCCUCAUUGUGUCUUCAUAAAGGAACUUCUCUUUGAAGAAAUGCAGUGGGUUCGAGGUUGCAGACCUUCAAGAAAAGUCGUGUGGCAGCCAGUGUCACUGUGGACGAAAGCCUCAACCAAACGUGUUUUCCCCUCUUCUUUUUGUCCAACGAAUAUCUUUGUACCAUAUUGGUAUUGCUCAGCUACUUGCUUAUUAUAGAACUGCUGACUCAGGUGACGUGACGCCACCUCCUUAUAUUAGGCUGCCAAUGUCCUCAGUGUGGAUUUACAAUGCAACUUAGUUUUUGGACGUGUUGAUGUCAGAACAACUUGACACAUCAGUCAUCUUGAAGACUUAAAAGCCAGAGGCUCCUGCGAUGCUUAGAUUCAUGCUUUUGCUUAACCUUUUCUGAUGUAGUGUUGGUAACCAGUCCCCACCCGCCCCACCCUCGAAUGUGUUUAUAUUAUGCAUGUGUGUGUAUAUAUAUGUGUGUUUAUAUCCACACCGUAUAUGUAUACAUAUACAUAUGCAGUAUAUGUAACCUGUGGUGAAAAGUCAGCGAACUCCCCUGAAAGUAGUUAUGUCUCUGCCUUACUAUACUCUUUCAUCUUUGGGCAUAUCAAACGAUCCCCCCCCCACCCCCUAAGGAAGAUCUUAGGGACACCAAAUCAUGCACUUCAUAGAUUAUACAUUGUCAGUUGGCUGAACACUGAACCAUAUGUGUUCAUGUUGAAAAGAGAAAGGAAAAACUUCAACAAAGCAGCUAUACUCGUCUUUUCUCUCUUUUCUUUUCCCGCCCCAGCAGAUGUCAGAUCAGAAGUGACGCAAUCGGUUCCAUUUAAGUUCCUCGAGAUUGUUUCUAUGAGAUUGGUGCUCCACACAUCCAGUGGGUCUAACAUCCUCUGAAAAGGAAAUAAACAAAACUGAAUACUGACAUGUCUUGGACCCAAAGAGGACAAAGUCAGAAACGCCAUGCCAUCUGGCAGUAUGAGAAUGAAAAAAACGGACUGCAGUUAUCAUAAUUAUUAACUUUGUGGCUAUUGGUUGUAAAUAAAGGAAUAAUUACUAGCCAAAUUUUAACUGUAUGUGUAAAUGUGUGCCUUAUUUAAUAAUAGUGUGUGACAUGGGGGUAGGGGUUAAUGCAAGGGGCUCAGACGGCUACUAUGCUACAGUAUAUUGUAGGUGUUUCAUUUCCUAUGGUCGUCAGUAUGUGUCAUAUCUAUUGUAUAUUUGAAGAGUUUCAUUCCAGAAUGAGAUAUUGUCAUUAAAAUCUGCACCCAUUCAGUUAACUAGAAUUAUGAUUGUAACACUCACUAAUGAAGCAUAUGUUGUAUUAUAUAUAGUAUAUUGAGCCCUUUUUCUUCACAAUUAUGUCAUUUGGAAAAAUAUGAUGAUAUAUUAUUUUCAAAAUGGAUACAGUGUUUUGGAAUGAAACCCUUCAAUUCUCUUUGUUUCCGUUUCAUUUUUUAUUUUGAAUCCCAGAAGUGUGAGCCUACAGAUUGUUUUGGGAGUGUUUGGCAAAGCAAGUACCCACAGCCUGAGACUGCAGACGUUCAGGUUUGACUGCCUCCAUAAUAUGUCACUUUUUCACCGGGUGUCACUUUCCCCUAUAGGUGCCAUUGUUCACUUUUGUUUGUUUUUUAGAAGUAGCAUUAGCAUCGCUUGGGUUUUUUUUUUUUUUAAAGGAGCAGCUCACAGUUCCUCUUAAGUUAUCUCCUACCGACCUGUAGCUAUUGUAGAAGUCAUUUAAAUAAGGCUGAUAAUGGAUGGAGCAACUAUGUGCCAUUUUGUCCAAUGCUUAAUGUAAAAAAAGAAAGAAAAAAGGUUAUACUAUAUUGCUAAAGAAUAGAUGCAGGAUGUAUGCAUGAAACUGGACUUCUACGAUGGUUACGGCUGUAGAUUUUGACUUGUGUCACCGGGUGUCAGCUGCAACAAUAUUGAAAUAAAAUUAAAAAAACAGUAGUGGAGAUUUUAGGAAAUUAGUAGAAACUUGGAGAAGUGCAAUGAACUCUGAUCCGACAAGCUGAGAUUGUCUCUUGGAUCGAUCGAAUGGUGGGACUGGUUCCAGGCGGCACUGCGUCUGAAACAUCACGACUUCAACACUGAACGCUUUUCAGCAGAGUCACGUGGGCCACGGUCGACUGGCUCCGUGAUCAAUUCUGUGAAAACAACCGCGUUAUUUACUGUAUCUGAGAGUGGUGUUUUAUUGAUUGAAAUGUCCCAGAGCUCAUUUGGCCCCAAUAUAAAGUUUACAACUCCAACUCGAGCAAAUGAAGGAACAUACGGCCGCCGACCACUUUUGUUAAAAGGAAGAAAGAAAAAAAAAGAUUUGGAUAUGAACGUGCAGCAGAGCAUUAAAUAGCUUUCCGAACAAAUACAUACAAAACAUCCAAGUUGAUUGAGGGUCGUGACCGUAAUGGUUCAUAAGAGGAAUUGUGGCAGCUACAGUGUUUGAUGAGUGGAAGUGUGUUAUCUUUCUCUGCCGCUGACAGAUUGUAAAGGAGACGGAGCGGUCUCGCCUCUUAAAGCUCUUUCAGUGUUUGAUUUGGUGUAAAUACAUUCUAUCUGGGCGGGGUCUCAUUGAUUCAGUAUUAUGUUUUACUUUUCUCUGUUUCAUUUCAAGGCUAUGCCCCUUGAAUAACUAUGAAUUUGGUCUCACAGAAAUACCAUUGUAUGUCUCUUAUACUAGGAAUAAAAAUGAAAAUAUGAUGCAAGCGUG